CUUGGACCUCAAAGGAUCCAUACUGUGCGAACUCGUGGUGGCAACAAGAAGUAUCGUGCUCUCCGCCUUGAUACUGGCAACUUUUCAUGGGGUUCAGAAGGUCAGACGCGCAAGACUCGUAUUGUUGAUGUAGUAUACAAUGCGAGCAGUAAUGAACUUGUGCGAACCAAGACUCUUGUGAAGAAUGCCAUUGUUGUUGUUGAUGCUGCACCCUUCAGACAGUGGUAUGAAGCUCAUUAUGCGCUUCCGCUUGGACGCAAAAAGACUACAAAGCUGACUGAUGCUGAAGAGGCUGUUUUAAACAAGAAAAGGUCAAAGAAAACCCAAAAGAAGUACAAGGAACGCCAGCGUACUGCCAAAGUCGAAGCUGCACUUGAAGACCAGUUCAUGACUGGCCGUAUUCUGGCUUGCAUCUCUUCACGCCCUGGCCAGUGUGGCCGCUGUGAUGGCUACAUUAUAGAGGGAAAAGAACUGGAAUUCUACCUUAGGAAGAUAAAGAGCAAGAAGAAUAAAUAAAAUAAUGUAAGAUG